AUGAAGCAGGAUAUGGUCCCCCAGUAUGAGAGCUUCGUCAACCCGAGUGACCUGCUCAAAUGGGUUGAAGAACAGCCGGAGGAGUCGUGGACUUCCAUCGCGCAAAAUGUUUUUGACCACCUCCUCUCCCUGGCCGCCCAGCCCAAGGGAGUCUCGGGCAACUCAUGCGUGAAGCUCUGCGGAUUUGUGGAGCAAAGCUCCAAGUCUGGCAAGCUCGCCCUGCGGCAAUGGGCCUUCUCCAAAGAGCCCAGCCUGGGCCUCUUCAACUUCUUCAUCAAGUGGAAUGAGACCGAGCAGCACCGGUCCAUGAAGUUGGUCCUGGACCUUCUGCCCUCGCUCAUCCGCCGCAACCCCGACCAGGCCGUCUCCGAGCUGGUCAAGACGACCAUCUUGGACACCCUCAUCUCCAUCAUCGGGCCGCAGUCCACCAAGCCUUUGGUCAAGUCAUCGCUCAAGGCCAUGGACUACUUUGCCGGCAAGUCUGUCUUCAGCGUCGACGAUAUCGCGGCGAGCUACAGGCGGACGCAGCCGGGACGCAGCUGGGUGUCGGACAUUGCCCUGUGGGAGGACUUUUUCGGCCAGAUGCUCGACUGGAUGACCAUGCACUACGUGUGUCCGACCACGGGCAAGUUUAUCGUGACCAUCUUCAGGGUACUGCGGCAGCAGUCUCUCAAGGCCCCUCAAGCUGCGGGCGCCGAGCAGUUCAGCGUCGAGAUGUGGCUUCGCUGGGUGCAGGCCGCCAUUGCCAAGACGCCGUCCCUGCUCGAGGGCAUCAAGACUUAUGUUUUCCUUCCGCUGUUCAAAGAUGACCGCAAGGACUCGGUCCAGAUCCUGGAGCAAAUCAACAGCAUGUGGUCUACGUCUGGCUCGGCCGUGGCUGAGCUAGACACUCUGGCCCAGCUGAACCUUGCCGUGCUCGAAGUCGGCAAAAAGGUUGGCAUGGUUGAGGAGCCUGGUGCCAUUUACAGAGAAGAGUCUUCCUCAGCAGUCGUCUUGGAAGAGGCCGUGCUCGAGAGAGUCCUGUCGCAUCCAUCCCAUGAGCUCCGCUCGCUGGCGCUGUCCCUCAUCGUUGCCUCACCGUCGACGACGAGGCCUUACUCACCAGUAGCUCUCCGCCUGUUGCAAGCCCACCUCCCGACGUACUUUUCAGAGUCGGACGCCAAGUUCCGCAUGGAACUGUUGAGCAAGCUGAAAGACAUGUUCAAGCGCAGCAGGGGCGCCAUCUUCAUCCUGCACAAGAGUCUGGCCCGUCUCAGGGCCUUUGACGGCGCUGCCAACGGCGCGCCAAAGGCUCCCAAGGCGCCGCCAAAGCAGGCGAACCACCGCACCAACAUUCUGCUCUGGCCCGAGGACAAGCUACGAGCGAGCUUGAAGCAGCACGAAGACUUCCUGGCGUGGUAUAUUGCCUUUUUGCGGUCAGAGCUGAUUCCCACAGCUUCCUUCCAGCGACACUUCACGGCGCUGAGGGCCGUCGCCUUUAUUCUCAAGCUCGAAGCCGACGCCGGCAAGACCUGGGAGACGGAAGAGGACGAGACCCUGUUCUUCAACCUCUUUGACGGAAAAUGGACCCGCGCGCUGCUCGACCUCAUCAUGGACCCCUUUGAUGAUGUCCGGGAGAACGGAACGUCCGUCCUCAAGAGCUUGUUCGCCGACAAGCGCUUCAAGUGUCUCGUCGGCACCCAGGGGAUCUCGCCGACCCUGGAAGAGUUUUUAUCGAGAGCAGAGGACAUUGCGCGCAGGACGGCGCGAGCCGAUCACGCCGAUGGCGUCGCUCGGACAAACGAGCUUCUCUUUAGAUUCUACGACGGCAGAGAGGCGCAGAUUGCGCACAUUUCAAAGUUGAUGGAUCUCCUUGAAGGCAAGCUCGCGUUCGCCGAGGCCGACCUGGGCAAUGCCGUUCUGGAGGCGCCGGUGCACGGCUACUUUGCUUCUCUCCGUUACAUCUGGCAAGCUGCAGCUGACAUGAGCUUCUCACAAUCCGAGAUCGAGGCGAUGACCACCCUCCAGAGCCGAAUCGUCAAGUGCUGUCAACGCAUCUGGGCUGCGGUACGGGACAUCCUGUGCGACGACUCGCCCGAGGGCCACUUACCUCAGGAGCUGGAAGAUCUCGAGGGUCUCGACACCAAGGACCUGCUGAGCUACAGCUUCCGCGCCAUCCACGAGUCGAGCGCCUUGAUGCGCGUCAUGGUCCUGCCCCUCAAGUCCAAGGCCAAGGAGGGAACUCUGCGCCCCUCGACCGACCUCUUCACGAACGUCGGAUCCUUGACCUUUGACCAGCUGUCGAGCCUGAGACACCGCGGCGCCUUCAACACGGUCUCGCUGUCGUUCGCGACCUGCUGCCAGCUGGUCAAGCACCUGGACGACCCGAAAGCCGGCCACGAAGGCGGCGAGACGCUGCUCGACGUUUGGUACAGAGGCACCAAGGAGUGCAUCUUUUCCCAGGCGUCCACCACCCGCCGCUCCGCCGGUAUCCCGGCCAUGAUCACGGGCAUCGUCUCCGCCAACGCGCCGCAGCCCUCCUUCGACGUCGUCAUCGAGGAGCUCGUCGCCAUCGCCCGCAAACCCGCCUUCAACUCCGAGUCGGACGGCUCAAAACUGCCCCAGGUCCACGCCCUCAACUGCCUCAAGGACAUGUUCAAGAGCUCCUUCAUCACCCAGCUCGGCAAGUCCGCACCGCACAUCCCGCAGUGCCUCGACCUCGCCGCCGGCAGCCUAAAGUCCGAGGUCUGGGGCAUCCGCAACUGCGGCCUCCUCUUCCUGCGCUCCCUCCUUGACAACCUCUUUGGCACCAAUGAGAGUAAGGCGACCCUAGAGGCCGGCUGGGAUGGGCGGACGACCCGCCUGCAGUACCACAAGUUCCCGAUCCUGCCCUCCGUGCUCCUGAACCUCCUGCGCUCGGGCCGCGAGGUUAUGAAGCCCACGACCCUCGGCAGCACCAUCGCCGCCGAGUCCGUUUUCCCGGCCCUCGACAUCAUUCGCCGCGCGGGACCUCCCGAUGCCUCGCGCGAUGAGCUCUACGGCCUCGUGGCGGGCUACCUCGCGAGCCCCGUCUGGCACGUGCGGGAGAUGGCCGCCCGCGCGCUGUGCUCUUUCCUGCUCAAGGACGACGACUGGGUCGGGCUCGCCGAGGCCGUCAUUGACGAGUCCCUCGCCGCGGCGCCCGCGAGCAGAAACAACCACCUCCAUGGCGGCCUGCUGACCGUGAAGGCAGUCUUUGAGCGGCUCUCCGAUGUAUCGCCCCAGAGACUGUCCUCUGCCCUACCGCGCGUGAUCUCGAUCCUCAGCGGUCUCGAAGCGAGCGCGUCCGACUCCUUCGCAUCAUGCCCAGACAUCCGCGCCGCCUACCUGGAAGUCCAAAACCUCAUCUCCCUCUUCGCCCUUUCCCACCCCUCAUCCUCGGCCGCCUCCUCGACCUCCGAAUCAAUCUCCCAAUCUCCGCAAAGCGCUCUUCUCCGCACCCAACUCGCCAUCGCCGCAGUCCACGCUGCCCAGAACGACCCCUCCCCGUCAGACGCCCUCCGCGAGACCCUGCUCUCGACAAGCACAACCAGCGUAGAGGCGACAAUCACAACCCUCGAGACCCUCGCCUCGGUCCACCACCCGCGUCUGACCCCGGAGGCGGCAGCAUCCUACGCCGCGCUGUACGCCGACGUGGCCCGCUCCACCACGCACCCGGACUCCUGCGCGGCAGCCCUCAACAACCUCGCAGAGGUCCUCGACCUCGUCCUGGCAGCCUGCCCCGAUGGGAAGAACAACGACGAAGACGACAGCAAAGAGCCUCUCUCAAGCCUCCUCCCCGCCCCCGAGACCCUGACACAGCUCUGGCAAGACCUCCUCGCAAGAACAAUAAACCCGAACCUCUCCAACGCCAUAACCCGCGCCAGUGGCCCCAUCAUGGCAUCCCUCGUCUCCCACCACCCCGCCUCCACAUCCGCCUCGCAAUCCCUCCGCGGCUGGGGCUAUAUGAUGUCCUCGGCCCUCCACGACUCCCGCCCCUUUGACACCCGCAUCGCCGCAGCAGCCUCCCUCACCUCCUUCUUCUCCUCCUCCUCCUCCUCCUCCCUCCUCACACAAGCAGACCCAAAACAAGCCCCCCUCCUCCCGGCCCUCACAGCCCUCUACGACGCCCUCAACGACGAUGACGACGAAGUCCGCGACCUAGCCUCCCUCUCCGCAAAACACAUCCUCGCCCAACCUCUCGCCCCCCUGGACGCCGCCUCGAUGCUCCUCACGUACAUCGCCAUGACAUACCGCGACGCCCCCGCCCUCCACUCGCUCCUAGCGUCUCGUCUCACGGGCCAGCAGCAAGACUCCAAAGACGAGGCCGAUACCAAGACCUCUGAACAAUGGGACACGGCACAAACACAACUCGCCGCCGCCCUCCGCUUCGACGACUCCCUCUUUGCAAUCGAAGAACAAAACCUCUUCAUCGACGAGGUGCGCGAAUCAAAACGCUGGGCCAUUGUCCUACAAGACGUCUUCUCCUCCUCCUCUUCGUCGGCAGCGCACGCCGCUCUCACAAAAUGGACAUCCGACGGCCUCGACGCCCUCCUGGACCUCGCAUCCCGCCCCGAAUACGCCGACGACGGCCCCCUGGGCUGGACCUCGGACCCGGACGUCUACGCCGUUUGCGCCCGCGUCCUCCUCGCCGCGGCCGCGCUCGCCAAGGUCGGCGUCGACGGAUCCGAGUCGUUGGGAACCAGGUUGGAGCGACUGCAGAGCGUGGGUCAGCAGGGCAGGCUUCACGGGCUGUUGCUGGAGAUGACGACUGCAUGA